AUGGCACUGCUGGGGAAGCUUUCCGAUGGGCCUCUUAACAACUGCAGACCUGACCAAUGGCACUUGGUGUUCUCUCAAAAAGAUGAAGUUAUCACCAGCUUAGUAUCAGCAUUAGACUCUAUGUGCUCAGCUCUUUCUAAACUCAACACGGAGGUUGCCUGUGUUGCUGUCCACGAUGAAAAUACUUUUGUAGUUGGAACAGAAAAGGGGAGGCUGUUCAUGAACACAAGGAAGGAGGUCCAGGCAGAUUUCAAAAAGUUCUGCAAAGUCCAGCAGAGCAAAGAGCAUGAUCUGGACGGCCAGAAGAAGGCAAAAGAUUUUGGUCGGACAAUUCCUCGGAUCUCCCCAGAUCAGGGAUCAGAUGUUUAUCUCCUCAGGAAGAUGGUAGAAGAAGUCUUUGAUGUGCUUUAUAGUGAGGCCUUGGGGAAGAGCAGUGUGAUUCCACUGCCAUAUGAGAAGUUCUUGAAAGAGCCUGGCUGGUUAACGGUGGUUGGGUUACCCGAUGGACUCACGUUCAGGAAACCCAUUGAAUACGAUGCAAAGUCCCUGAUGGCCAUAUUAGAGCAUAGCCACAACAUGCGUUUCAGGAUAAAAAGGCCACCAGAGGACUCUAUCAGGGAUCCCAACCCUUCGGUUGAGAUGAACUCUUCUGCUCUCCUCUCCAAGGGGAACCGAGAGCCGGGCCUUAAUAACGUGCGUGUUAAGCAGGCCAAUCAAGACACUCUUCCUGGAAUCACCAGCAGCAGUUUCCUGUAUGGCGUGUCGCUGCCCACACAGAUUGCCAUGGAGAUAAAGCAGGAAGGUUCAGCCAGUCGGCAUGGGAUGAAUGCAGUCGGCGAGAUGCUGAGGCCCCGUCCAUCAGGAGAAGCGAAGGUGCCUUCGCCACAGGAGUUCGGUGACUGCUGUGGCAGAGAGCGUGUUGCUAGUCCAGAUUGUGGGCCACCAGAGGACUCUAUCAGGGAUCCCAACCCUUCGGUUGAGAUGAACUCUUCUGCUCUCCUCUCCAAGGGGAACCGAGAGCCGGGCCUUAAUAACGUGCGUGUUAAGCAGGCCAAUCAAGACACUCUUCCUGGAAUCACCACCAGCAGUUUCCUGUAUGGCGUGUCGCUGCCCACACAGAUCGCCAUGGAGAUAAAGCAGGAAGGUUCAGCCAGUCGGCAUGGGAUGAAUGCAGUCGGCGAGAUGCUGAGGCCCCGUCCAUCAGGAGAAGCGAAGGUGCCUUCGCCACAGGAGUUCGGUGACUGCUGUGGACAAAAAUCUAUCCUCCCUGGUGGUCCACUCAUCCAAAAUGUCCACUCCUCCAAGCGCAUCCUUUUCUCCAUAGUCCAUGACAAAUCAGAUAAAUGGGACAGUUUUAUAAAAGAAACCGAAGAUAUCAACACCCUGAGGGAAUGUGUGCAAAUUCUGUUUAACAGUCGAUAUGCUGAAGCCUUGGGGCUGGAUCACAUGGUCCCUGUCCCGUACCGGAAAAUUGCCUGUGAUCCGGAAGCAGUAGAAAUCAUUGGAAUUCCAGACAAAAUCCCCUUCAAGAGGCCCUGCACCUAUGGGGUCCCCAAACUCAAGCGGAUCUUGGAAGAAAGGCACAAUAUCCACUUCAUGAUCAAAAGGAUGUUUGAUGAAAGAAUUUUUACAGGAAAUAAAUUUACCAAAGAUGCAACCAAGAUUGAGCCAUCAAGCCCCUCUGGGGAAGUCUCCCCCGAACCACAUAGAAUGGCAUUUCUUGAUUUAGCAGGGACUUCUCAAGGUAAUCACAGGUCUGAAAAAUGGCCCAUGUCUGGAGACUGUGAACCAGGUACCUCAGGAGAACUGGGAGGGAUUAAACGCAUCAAAAUAGAACCAGAUGAAGUGGACAUAAUUCAGAUCACUGUUCCAGAUAAAGGCCCCAGCAUUGAUUUGCAGCAUGACGAAAAGCAAAUGGAAGGCAAAGAUGGCGUCAGUGACGUUUUAAGUCACUUGAGAAAACAAGUAGAAAUUUUAUUUAAUGCAAGAUAUGCGAAAGCCAUAGGAAUUUCUGAGCCCGUCAAAGUCCCGUAUUCCAAAUUCUUGAUGUACCCAGAAGACCUUUUUGUGGUGGGCUUGCCUGAUGGCAUCCUACUCAGACGGCCCAACUGUUUUGGGAUUGCAAAGCUAAAGAAGAUUCUUCAGGCAAGCAGCAGAAUCCGGUUUGUUAUCAAGAGGCCAGAACUUCUUGCAGAAGGAAUGAAAGAAAUGACUUCAGACAGCUCAGGAGCAAUAGCCAAUGAUAGAGUCUCCAUUGAGCCUGUUGAAGAACCUGUAAAAAGACCAGGAUUUCAAGAAAAUUAUGAUACUCGGCUGUCAAGAAUAGACAUUGCAAAUACACUCAGGGAACAGGUUCAAGAUCUGUUCAACAAGAAGUAUGGUGAGGCUUUGGGCAUCAAAUACCCAGUCCAAGUGCCAUAUAAGCGUAUCAAAAGCAAUCCAGGUUCAGUGAUCAUAGAAGGGUUGCCACCAGGAAUCCCAUUCCGGAAACCUUGCACCUUCGGCUCUCAGAAUCUGGAGAGGAUUUUAGCCGUGGCGGACAAGAUCAAAUUCACAGUUACAAGGCCUUUUCAAGGACUCAUCCCUAAACCUGAUGAGGAUGAUGCAAACCGGUUGGGCGAGAAGGUGAUUCUCCGAGAGCAAGUGAAAGAACUGUUCAAUGAAAAAUAUGGGGAAGCUUUAGGCCUGAACCGACCUGUUCUGGUACCCUACAAACUGAUCAGGGACACGCCUGAUGCCAUCGAAGUGACUGGUUUGCCGGACGAUAUCCCAUUUCGGAAUCCCAAUACUUACGAUAUCCAUCGGCUAGAGAAGAUUCUGAAAGCACGUGACCGGAUCCGGAUGGCAAUUACUAGCCAGCUCCAGCCAUUUGCAGACGUAGGUCCUGAGGCCAAACCACCAGAAAACAACAGCAUCGUUCCUAAACGGAAGCGGAAGAGGAUCUCAGAAGGGAAUUCUGUCUCUUCCUCAUCGUCAUCCUCGUCAUCCUCCUCCUCGUCAAAUCUAGAGUCCACCUCAUCAACCAAUCAGAUCUCACUUGUGCAAUGGCCGAUGUACAUGUUGGACUAUGGGGGUCUCAAUGUUCAGAUCCCAGGACCUAUGAAUUAUUGAGUCCUCAUCUUCUGCAGAUGAACCUCAAAGAAAAAGAGAGAACUGCUCGUGAUGUGUAAUUUUUUUUGUACAAAGUGUAUAUUCCAAUAUGUAACAAUGCCUUUUAGUUUUUCCAAUGAUUUUUACACUAUAUUCCUGCCACCAGGGCCUUUUUGAAUAAAAAAAAGAAAGGAAGUGUUGCCUUGCU